UCAACCGGCAAAAAUAUGAUUUUGUAUAAAUAUGGUCGAUCGUUUUGAAGGAGGCAUCAGUUUCGAUUACUUAUAACUCCUUAUCACUACUGUGUAGUCUAAUCAAUCUCAAAAUGUACAAGAUUAUCUGCCUGUUCACCAUCAUUGCUGUCGCUUCGGUGUCGGCUGAGCCAAAGCCCGGAGUCCUUGCAUACAGUGCUCCUCUGGUGGCUGCGGCUCCAGCAGCCUUCGUUUCGGAAGGGGCUGCCGUGUACGAACGCACCUACCACGGAAACUUUGCUCCAGUGGCGCCGGUGGCCGCUUACGCUGCUGCACCCUAUGUAGCUGCCCCACUGGCGUAUUCUGCUCCCUACGUUGCAGCUGCUCCAGUGCUUCUCAAGUGAAUGGUUCUGGGAUAAACGUUUCGAAACCGAUUGUUCCUGACUACACUAAGCUACACAGGCUGUUAAUUUAAUCAAUUCAAUAUGGAAAUUAUAAGCACAAAUAAUUAAAACCGAUGUGC